AUGAGGGAGGGUACCACCGUCCCACGUGUCCUCAUCACCGCAGACCCAACGGAAUAUGUGAAGAUCAUGCUGGCAGUGUUGUGCUUGGUCUUUGCUGCAGUGGGCGAGAGGCUUGCGGUUUCAGAGGGGAGUGCGGCUGCGGGGCAGGAUGCGGCUGCGUGGGACUGGCUGGCGCCGCCGGGGCUGCACGACGGCGGGGACACCGCGGCCCAGGUCACCUAUCCCGAGCGGCUGGUGCAGCGGGUCGAGUCCCAGGAAGAAAUGGCUCACCGCCACUUGGAUACCAGGGUGAAGAGUAGCACCGGAGACGCCUCGCCAGUCCACUUGGCCCAGAGUUGUUUCCAGGUGGAAGCCUUUGGACACAACUUCACUUUGGACCUGGAGCUCAACCAUCACCUUCUGUCCUCCGAAUACGUGGAACGGCACUUUAACGAAGAUGGCAAACCUUCACAGUCUAUGGGAGGAGAGCACUGCUACUACCAGGGGAGGUUGAGAGGUCUACCAGAGUCUUGGGCAGCUCUCUCCACCUGCCAUGGUCUUUGUGGCAUGUUCUCAGAUGGUUUUUUCUCCUACGGGAUUGAGCCUAUUCUCAACGGGAGCAGUCAGGAUGACGGUGCUCACUUGAUCCGCAGGAUGCCUGAUAUUAGACUGUCCCCCGACUGCCCAGACUGUGCCGAAGACAGCCGGUGGGAUCGUCACAGCGGAGGUGAUGGUGAUGAUGACAGACCAAAUCAAAUGAAGGAGCAGCAGGCCACUGGGGGAUUGAGGCGAUCUAAGAGAUAUGUCCGCAGGCCCUCUGUUCAGACUGAGACCAAAUAUAUCGAACUGAUGGUGGUCAACGACUACGAGAUGUUUGUGCAGCUGCGUCGCUCCAGCAGUCAGACCAAAAACUUUGCCAAAGCGGUGGUCAACAUGGCAGACGCGAUCUACAAGGAACAGCUGAACACAAGAAUCGUGUUAGUUGCCAUGGAGACCUGGUCCUCUGAAAAUAUGAUGCCGGUAGUGGUGGACCCUUUGACCACGCUGCAAAACUUCAUGAAAUACAGGAAGGAUAGCAUCAAAGAACAGAGUGACGUCGUCCACCUCUUCUCGGGGCGUACGUUCCAGAGUAGCCGCAGUGGGACAGCCUACACAGGAGGAGUGUGCUCUCUAACCAGGGGAGGGGGCAUCAAUGAGUAUGGGAAUGUCGGUGCCAUGGCCAUCAUGCUGUGCCAGAGUCUCGGCCAGAACAUCGGGAUGAGGUGGAACAACGUGCGCAUGUCAGCAGGAGACUGCAGGUGUCCAGAUUCCUGGCUGGGCUGCAUCAUGGAGGACACUGGAUACUACCUACCCAGAAAGUUCUCUCGCUGCAGUGUGGAUGAGUACAUCCAGUUCUUACUCCAGGGGGGCGGUAGCUGCCUCUUCAACAAGCCCAACAAGCUGUUGGACCCUCCAGAGUGUGGAAAUGGCUUUGUGGAGCCAGGAGAGGAAUGUGACUGCGGGUCGCAGGUGGAGUGUGCCCGUAGUGGGGGGGCUUGCUGUAAAAAAUGCACACUGACCCACGAUGCCAUGUGCAGUAAUGGACUCUGCUGCACUGGCUGCAGGUACGAGCUGAGAGGAGUGGUGUGUCGAGAGGCUGUCAAUGACUGUGACAUCCCAGAAACCUGCACUGGAGACUCCAGCCAGUGUCCACAUAAUGUCCACAAGCUUGACGGAUACAUGUGUGAUAGCAGUCAGGGUCGCUGUUAUGGAGGUCGAUGCAGGACUCGUGAUGGACAGUGCAAGGGACUUUGGGGUUAUAAUUCAGCAGACCGGUUCUGUUAUGAGAAGUUAAAUGCUGAGGGGACUGAGAAAGGCAACUGUGGGCCCGGUCCAGAUGGCAAGGGCUGGCUGCAGUGCAACAAGCCAGACGUUUUAUGUGGCUUCUUAUUCUGUACCAAUAUGACGGUGAAGCCAAAGUUUGGAGACCUGCAGGGUGAAGUGACUAGCCUGACCAUUUAUCACCAGAACAAGUACCUGGACUGCAGAGGCGGCCAUGCUCUGCUGGAGGACGGCUCAGACCUGGGUUACGUGGAAGAUGGUGCUCCUUGCGGGCCCAACAUGAUGUGUCUGGAGCGACGCUGCCUCCCUGUGGCAGCCUUCAACCUCAGCACCUGCCCUGGCUCCAACUUAGGACGCACCUGCUUCGACCACGGGACGUGCAGUAAUGAGGUGAAGUGUAUCUGUGACAGGGACUAUACUGGAAAGGACUGCAGUGUGUUUGAUCCUAUCCCUGAACCGACACUCCCGGCAGGACCAGAGAAGAAAGGUCCCAGUGGCACCAAUAUCAUUAUAGGGUCCAUCGCAGGUGCUAUUCUCCUGGCAGCUAUAGUCCUAGGGGGAACAGGAUGGGGAUUUAAGAACAUCCGAAGAGGAAGGUAUAACACCAUGAUGCCAUAA